AUGAACUUCUUUAGGCAAGUCAGACUUCUCCUCUGGAAGAAUUGGGUCCUUCGGAGAAGACAAAAGCUUCGUUUUCUGGUGGAGCUUGUAUGGCCUCUGUCAUUAUUUCUUGUGCUUGUCUGGCUGAGGAAAGCUAAUCCACUGUAUCGCCAACAUGAAUGUCACUUCCCAAACAAGGCAAUGCCAUCAGCAGGAACACUGCCAUGGUUACAUGGCAUCUUCUGUAACAUGAACAAUCCCUGUUUCCGCAGCCCAACCCAUGGAGAGGGUCCAGGUGUAGUGUCCAACUACAAAAAUUCCAUCCUUGCAAGGGUAUAUAAAGAUGCUCAGGAGCUUUUACUGGAAGCCCCUGAAAUCCAUGACCUUGGAAGAAUCUGGGAAGAACUGAUCAUUAUGACUCAGUUUAUGGAAACAAUGAGAACUAAUCCUGAAAGAAUUGCAGGAAGAGGAAUACGAAUUCUAGACAUUUUGAAAGAUGGGGAGACCCUCACUUCCUUCUUGCUAGAAAAUGUUGGCCUCACAGAUUUUGUUGUUUACCAACUUAUUAAUGCUCAAGUGCGCCCUGAACAGUUUGCCUAUGGUGUUCCUAGCUUGACUCUGAAGGACAUUGCUUGCAGUGAGAUGCUCCUGGACCGCUUUAUUAUCUUCAGCAGCCGAAGAGGUCUCCCUUCUGUACACAAGGCCAUGUGUGCCCUGUCCCAGGACAGUCUGCAAAGAGUAGAAGAUGCCUUGUAUGCAAAUGUUGAUUUCUUUAAGCUAUUUCGGCUGCUUCCCACUGUGUUGGACAGAAACUCACCAGGUGCUGACCUGAAGGCCUGGGGGAGGGUGCUGUCUAAUGUCUCCCAAGCAGUGCAAAAGCUGGCCAGGAAGCCAAGCGUUCAGGACCUUUUGAGGGUUCUGCAACCAUUUGUACAAGAUGGAAUGCCAGAAUCCUUAGGCCACUUGGUGAGUUCCCUGUCGGAUCUUUUCUGUGGCUACCCAGAAGGAGGUGGAUCCAGAGUGCUUUCCUUCAACUGGUAUGAAGAUAACAACUACAAAGCUUUCCUGGGGAUUGACUCAACAAGGAAGAAAUCUGGUUAUCUUUAUGAUAAUGCAACCACACCAUUUUGUAAUGCAUUGAUCCAGAACUUGGAAUCAAACCCUUUAACCAAAAUAGCCUGGACUGCUGUGAAGCCCCUGCUGAUGGGAAAAAUCCUUUUUGCUCCUGAUUCACCUUCUGUACGGGAAAUCAUAAAAAAUGCAAACUCCACUUUUGAGGAACUUGAACGCCUCCAACUGUUGACCAAAGCUUGGGAGGAAGUAGGACCUCAGCUGUGGUACUUCUUUCAAAACAGCCUGCAAAUGAAUAUGAUCCGUGACUCUCUGAAGCACCCGACAGUGAGGGACUUCCUGAACAGCCAGAUGGGUGCGGAAGGCUUCACCGCGGAACAUAUAAUCAACUUUCUCCAUAAUGGAUCUUCAAGGAACCGGGAGAAGGGAAUGGUGGACUUUGACUGGCGGAACAUCUUCAGUGCUGUAGACCAAGUUCUGCAUUUGCUCAGUCAGUAUUUGGAGUGUUUGACCUUGGAUAAAUUCGAAGGUUAUCAUGAUGAAACUCAACUGACUCGUCAAGCCCUUUAUCUUCUGGAGGAAAACAAAUUAUGGGCUGCUGUGGUUUUUCCAGACUUAGAACCUACAGCCAGCAAUCUCCCACCACACGUGACAUACAAGAUCCGAAUGGACAUAGACUCAGUGGAGAAAACAAACAAAAUCAAAGACAGGUACUGGGAUCCUGGUCCAAGAGCUGAUCCUGUGGAUGAUUUACGUUAUAUCUGGGGAGGCUUUGCAUAUCUCCAGGACAUGAUUGAGCAUGGGAUUAUAAAGACCCAGACCAGCGCUGAAGUUCCAUUGGGAAUUUAUCUGCAACAAAUGCCAUAUCCAUGUUUUGUGGAUGAUGUCUUCAUGAUCACGUUAAACCGCGCCUUUCCCAUCUUCAUGGUGCUAGCUUGGAUAUAUUCAGUCUCCAUGACUGUGAAGAGUAUAGUGCUGGAGAAGGAAAUGCGCCUGAAAGAGGCUAUGAAGAACAGGGGCAUGACCAACGGCGUGAUUUGGUGCACUUGGUUCCUAGACAGCUUUUCCAUGAUGGCUGUGAGCACAUGCCUCCUCACAGCUCUGAUUAUGUAUGGACAAGUGCUGCAUUAUAGCAAUCCACUUCUCUUCUUUCUAUUCCUACUGACAUUCACCACAGCCACCAUAAUGCAGUGUUUCUUGUUCAGCACCUUCUUUUCCAAAGCAAAUCUGGCAGCUGCCUGCAGUGGAGUCAUCUACUUCACCUUGUACCUGCCCCACAUCAUCUGCUUUGUCUGGCAAGACCGUCUGACUAUUAAUCUGAAGAUCCUAGCAAGUUUUCUUUCUCAAGUAGCCUUUGGGUUUGGUACAGAAUACUUGUCACGCUAUGAAGAACAAGGUCUUGGCCUACAGUGGGGUAACAUCAGAACCAGUCCCUUGGAAGGAGAUGAAUAUAGUUUCCUUUUUUCCAUUAACAUGAUGCUUUUUGAUGCUUUUCUCUAUGGAAUACUUGCCUGGUAUCUCGAUAAUGUUUUUCCAGGGGACUAUGGGUUACCACAGCCUUGGUAUUUCCCUGUGCUGGAAUCCUAUUGGCUUGGCUCCAGAAGCCCAGAAGCUGAGAAAACAGCAACUGCUGAUGCAGGUAAUUUAAAUACCUUCUUUGAGCCUGAGCCAACGGGACUGAUUCCAGGAGUAUGCAUUCAGAACCUGGUGAAGAUUUUUGUGAACAGGCCCAAACCAGCAGUAGAUGGGAUAAAUAUUACUUUUUAUGAAGGUCAGAUCACAGCCUUCCUUGGUCACAAUGGAGCAGGAAAGACAACUACCAUGUCGAUACUGACAGGCCUCUUCCCACCCACAUCUGGAACUGUGCUGGUUGGUGGCCUGGACAUCCAAACUCACAUGGACUCCAUUCGGCACAGAUUAGGGAUGUGCCCUCAGCACAACAUCUUAUUCAAUCACCUUACUGUAGCAGAGCACAUCUUGUUUUAUUCUCAACUGAAAGGAAGAUCCAGGGAAGAAGCUGAGCAAGAGCUGGAAACAAUGCUGGAAGACAUGGGUCUCACCCAUAAAAGAAAUGAAGAAGCUCAGAAUUUGUCAGGUGGAAUGCAAAGGAAACUGUCUGUUGCCAUUGCUUUUGUGGGUGAAGCAAAAGUGGUAGUCUUGGAUGAACCCACUUCUGGAGUUGAUCCAUAUUCCAGGCGAUCUAUCUGGGAUCUUCUGCUGAAAUAUCGCCCAGGCAGAACUAUUAUCCUAUCAACCCAUCAUAUGGAUGAGGCAGACAUCCUUGGAGACAGAGUAGCCAUCAUAUCCCAAGGGAAACUCUUCUGCUCGGGCUCUCCUGUAUUCCUAAAGAACUGUUUUGGCUCUGGCUUUUAUCUCACCCUUGUUCGCAAGAUGAGAACUACAAAAAUGGGAAGGGCUACAUCAUUUUGUAGCUGUGGAUCUCAGUGCUCCUGCUCCUGCUCCAGCUGUGUGCACAGGGGUGAAGAAGGAGCUCCAGAGCUGGAACUGGAUGGAGAUCUAAAUGAGCUAGCAGAAGUAAUCCACCAUCAUAUCCCAGAAGCAAAAUUGAUUGAAAGCAUUGGUCAGGAACUCAUUUAUCUUUUGCCCAAUAAAAACUUUAAACAGCGAUCUUAUGCCAGUCUCUUCAGAGAACUGGAGGAAACAUUGGAUGACUUGGGACUCAGCAGUUUUGGAGUUUCAGACACUCCACUUGAAGAGGUUUUCCUAAAGGUCACAGCAGAAGCUGACCCUGAAAUGCAAAAAACAGGAGAUACUCAAGAAAAUGGUUCUGCUCUUGACAAAACUCCUAUUGAGAACAAACCAGCUGAACAAACCACCCUGAAAACUAAUGACAUUUCUCGAAUGCCAGUAGGCAGAGCAGGAGAUCAAAAUGAAGGCAAAGGGUCCCGACAGUAUAAAGGCUUUCAGCUUGUACAUCAGCAGAUCAAAGCACUGCUCAUCAAACGCUUCCACCACGCCUCCCGCAGCUACAAGGACUUCCUAGCACAGGUUGUUCUUCCUGCUAGUUUUGUGUUGCUGUCUCUAGUACUUACAGUCAUUAUUCCUCCAUUUGGAGAAUAUCCUGCCUUAACAUUACAUCCUUGGAUCUAUGGACAACAGUUUACUUUCUUCAGCAAUGAACGUCCUGGCAAUGAGCAUAUGGUCUCCCUUACUCAUGCUUUCUUGAAUAAACCAGGAUUUGGAAUUCGCUGCAUGAAGAAUCAGCCUCUUUUGAGCUUCCCAUGCAAUCAUAUGCCAACUGCCUGGAACACUCCUGCUGUUCAUCCUAACCUAAGCAGCCUCCUGGGGAGCCAGGAGUGGAGCCCUGAGAAUCCAUCACCUUCCUGCAAGUGCAGCACUCACAAGAAACUCACUAUGCUGCCAGAUUGCCCUGCUGGUGCAGGAGGCCUCCCACCACCACAGAGAGUGCAACGCAGCACAGAAAUUCUUCAAGACCUGACCCACAGAAACAUUUCAGAUUUUCUGGUGAAAACAUAUCCCACUUUGAUAAAAGGAAGCUUGAAGAGUAAAUACUGGGUCAAUGAGCAGAGAUAUGGAGGAAUUUCUAUAGGAGGAAGGCUUCCAGUCCUUCAUGUUUCUGGAGAUCAAAUUGUCAAUUUUUUCAGUGAUCUUGGCCGAAUGAUGAAUGUGACAGGAGGGCAAGCUUCACUGGCUGCUGCUAAAGAAAUCCCUGAUUUCCUUAAAUACAUGGAAACUGAAGAUAAUAUUAAGGUGUGGUUUAACAAUAAAGGCUGGCAUGCUAUAGUUAGUUUCCUCAAUGUAGCCAAUAAUGCAAUCCUCAGAGCUAAUCUGAGGACUGGCCAAGACCCUGAGGAACAUGGGAUCACUGCUAUAAACCAUCCUCUGAACCUCACCAAGGAGCAACUCUCUGAAGUCACUGUACUGACCACUUCAGUGGAUGCUGUUGUUGCCAUCUGUGUGAUUUUUGCCAUGUCCUUUAUCCCAGCCAGUUUUGUUUUAUACCUGAUCCAAGAACGUGUAACAAAAGCCAAACAUCUCCAGUUUGUCAGUGGUGUGAGCCCUGUUACCUAUUGGCUAACUAACUUCAUGUGGGACAUAGUGAAUUAUGCACUGAGUGCUGGGAUGGUUGUGGCUAUUUUUGUUGGAUUCAACAAGAAAGCAUACGCCUCCCCCACCAAUCUCCCUGUGCUCGUUGCCUUGCUGCUCCUGUAUGGAUGGGCAGUAAUUCCCAUGAUGUACCCUGCUUCUUCUUUCUUCAGUGUCCCCAGCACUGCUUAUGUUGCGUUGUCUUGUAUUAAUCUCUUUGUGGGAAUCAACAGCAGUGCCAUUACAUUCAUCCUGGAAUUAUUUGAAAAUAAGUCUUUGCUGAAAUUUAAUAAAACAUUGAAAAAUGUGCUGCUUGUCCUGCCACAUUUUUGCUUAGGCCGUGGACUCAUCGACUUGGCCAUGAACCAAGCUGUGACUGAAGUAUAUGCGAGGUUUGGUGAGGAGCAUGUUUCUGAUCCCUUUCAGUGGAACUUCGUUGGAAAGAACCUAGUUGCCAUGGCUCUUCAAGGAGUUGUGUUCUUCUUUCUGAAUCUCUUUAUGCAGCACCGUUUGUGCUCCACAAGAUGGUUUGCUGAGACUGACAUGUCACCUAUUAUUAAUGAAGAUGAAGAUGUUGCAGAAGAAAGAAAAAGAAUUAUGAAUGGAGGAAACAAAACAGAUAUCUUACAAUUACAAGAACUGACCAAGAUUUAUGCAGGUCGACACAAGCCUGCAGUGGACAGACUCUGUGUUGGCAUCCGUCCCGGAGAGUGCUUUGGCCUUUUGGGAGUGAAUGGCGCUGGCAAAACAACAACAUUCAAAAUGCUGACUGGAGAUACUGAUGUGACAUCUGGAGAUGCUGUAGUGGCUGGCAAUAGUAUAUUGACCCACAUUUCUAAUGUCCAUCAAAACAUGGGAUACUGCCCUCAGUUUGAUGCCAUUGAUGACCUGCUCACGGGACGAGAACACCUCUAUUUGUAUGCACGCUUGCGGGGGGUUCCAGCAGAAGAAAUCAAGAGGGUUGCUGAAUGGGGCAUCCAGAAGCUGGGACUUCCUAUGUACGCAGACCAGCUGGCAGGGACCUACAGUGGUGGCAACAAGCGCAAGCUCUCCACUGCCAUUGCCUUGAUAGGCUGCCCACCACUCAUCUUGCUGGAUGAACCGACUACUGGGAUGGACCCUCAGUCCCGGCGCCUCCUGUGGGACUCUAUCGUUGGUGUGCUCAGAGAUGGGCGAGCGGUGGUUCUAACCUCACACAGCAUGGAAGAAUGUGAAGCCCUCUGUACUCGUUUAGCCAUCAUGGUACAAGGUACCUUCAAAUGCCUAGGCACAAUUCAGGAGCUGAAAUACAAGUUUGGAGAUGGCUACAUUGUCACUCUGAAAAUCAAAGCUCCAAAGUCUGGGCUGCCUCCAGAUCCUGCUCCUGCUGAGAAAUUCAUACGCAUCAACUUCCCAGGGAGUUUACAGCGAGAGAAACACUACAACAUGCUGCAGUAUCAGAUUUGUUCUUCCUCUCUGGCUAAGAUUUUUCGAUUAAUAAUCUCCAAUAAGGAAAAUUUGCAUAUUGAAGAAUAUUCUGUGUCUCAAACAACAUUAGAUCAGGUUUUUGUGAACUUUGCUAAACAGCAGAUGGAGGAUGAGGAAAUGCCUUUGCAUCCGCGUGCAGCUGGAGCCAGCCGAGAAGCCAGGGUGUCCCCAGUUGCAGUCGCAUAGACUGCUCCUGCAGCCUCCAGGCUUCGUGUUUGCACGGUGCAAACAGGUGCCAUACCAGAGCAGAGCAAGGGUAAAACAAAGGUUCGCACACUCAGUAUUACGCUGAUUGUUUUGCACCUUUCUGAGCACUGUGCUCUCAACAACAGCCCUAGCAACAGCCAACUUCUACUGCUCUACCAGUAACACUACAUGCUAACACUGUCAAAGGAAAGGCAGGUCCUUGCUAUAGAAUGAAAUCUUCCUCUAACAUAAAGUCCAUUAUAAGAUACAAGAAAUCUCAUUCCUCCUUGUUGACAUAUAAAUAACAUCAAAGAUGGACUCUCUUUCUGGUACUUUCAGGCUGGCGGGUUUUUCUUGUUUAACCCUUAUGUCCACUGCUACAAGUCAGCAGACAGGUCCCAAGGCUGAGAGCAUUGCCCAGCUUAGAAGCACAUUCCUGUCAUGCCGAGUGCACGGGACUAUCAAGGUCAGAACAGUGCUGGCUGAUGGGGCUGGUCCUGGGGGAUUGCUUCACU